CUGAGAUGUCGCACAGAUAAGGCUCGAAGUACGUAAUGGUUCCUAGUUCAGUGAUAUACUUCAACAAUGGAAUAUCGGCGGAUUUGGCAACGUUUGCUGAUAGUAUGCAUCUGGCUACAACACUGUGAUGUGGUCAGCGGGGAUUAUCCAUGUAUAUGCAACUACAAGGUGGAACUCACAGUUCAUGUCCAGCCAAAUUCCAACUCCAACACGAUUGGUGAGAUGUUCGAGUUCGACUGCAAACCUAUGGCUACUGAACACCAAACAGACGGACAGAGCGCUACCUGGAUGCCUGUUAUGUUCGAACACAAACUCGGGUAUGUACAGACGGACGAUGAUGUUACCACUCAGUCAUGUCCAGGCGUUAUUCCUGAGUCGGACAGACUGCAGACCACUGACGUAUCGUCAUCCAAGCCCCCUCCCACAACUACUGGCGCAGGAGUAACCAACACACAUUACGAAGGUUGCACAAAACAAGAUCCCCAAAGCUUCGGAAGGAGCUGUUUCAAGAUGUUCCAAGUAUCGAGGGGCUGGGCUGAUGGCGAGAAGCUGUGCUUGGAAGGCGGUGGACAUCUGGCUGCCAUUACUUCCGCCGAGGAACAGGCGUUCCUCCAGCAACUGAUAGAGACACAAUUGCCGAGGAAUUCAUCUGUGUGGAUUGGCUUAAGCGAUAUCGACAAGGAAGGGCAUUUUCAGUGGACUUCUGGAGACCCAGUAAAUUACACCAACUGGAUUUGGGGAACAAGUUCGUUGAACGGUGAUCCUGACGACUGUGUUGCCAUGUUUCCGCACAUCCAGGGCCACUGGGACGAUAUGCCUUGUGGGCCGCAUGGAAAUUCCGGGACGCCACGGUUUCCGCUCUGCGAAUACGCUGUUUCCGUAUCGCCUCUCGGAUGACUCCAAUGAUGCAGAUGGGUUCUAUGUGUAUUCAUACAUACAAUAUAUGGUACCAAAGUU